AUGUCCAGUACUCUGGCUUCUGAACCUUGCACCCCUCGCCUGGCUGCCCAUCCGUUCGACCACCCAGAGGCAGACCUCAUUCUACGAUCCUCUGACCCUCGUCCAACCGACUACCACGUCUUCAAGCUCCUACUCACCCUCUCCUCACCAUUCUUCUGCACCCUCUUCACACUUCCCCAACCAAGCGCAUCAAAGGAUGGCUUAGGCAUCCACGAAGUCCCGGUUAUCCAAAUGGCAGAAGACAAACAGGUCCUCGACGUUCUCCUCGGGUUUUGCUACCCCUUAAGCGCCCAUGCACUCCCUCGAUUCACCUCGCUCACCACGCUGCAAAAAGUUGCCAACGCGGCCAUCAAAUUCGACAUGGAAGGCAUCGUCACCCACACACGUAGCGAGCUCGUGGCUCCACGUUUCGUGGACUCUCAGCCCUUCCGCGUGUACGCCCUUGCGAGUCAGUAUGGGUGGGUGCAUGAGAUGAGCAUCGCGGCCAGGUGCUGUUUGAGAAGGCCCAUGCCCGGGCCUUACGCGAGCGAGGUGAAAGAUAUGCCACCGGAUGUAUACAAGCAGCUGAAACUACACCACCGAACGUGCGGGGAUAUCGCAAGGUCUCAAGUCUUGCGCAACCUCCGAGUCAUUCCCGAGUCAAGAACCGGAUGGGUAUGGUGGACCUGCAGGAAAUGUCCUCCCUUAAAGACCGAAGACAUCGCAGACAAGGGCAGCUCGCCAAUAUCCACCCUAUCCUUAUCGAUGAAACCAAGGAAAUGGUGGGCAGAAUGGCUGGACGAUGUUGCCGCCCAAGUCGGAUCCAAACCUCUCAGCGGAUCCGUCCGAAGCAAACGACUCUUGGCGAGAGCUCUGGAAAAAGCGGCCAGAUGUUCAACAUGUAGCAGAAAAAGUCGAGAAGACCUCGAAUGCUUCUCCCAGACUCUAGACGACCUCGUCCGCAAGGACUUGCUUUCAGUGGGCUCAGUCGGCAUCAUUUUCUAA